AUGGAGCUGAAUGUCUCCAAGUGCGAAGUGGUGUCUUUUUCUCAUAGUCAAUUUCCAUAUAUCUUUGACUACCGCAUCAAUGGAUUGGUGCUGAGAGGAAUGAACAGUGUUAAGGACCUUGGAGUUGUUUUCACCUCUACACUCGACCCUUUGGAGCCUAUUGAUGGUGUUGUAUCAAGAGCUUACUCCCUCUUGGGAUUCAUCAUGAGAUCGACUAGGAGCUUCAGGUCACCCCAGUCGCUCCUGAUCCUCUACAAGUCUCUCGUUCGCCCGGUCCUUGAGUAUGGUUCAGUGAUCUGGUCCCCUCAUCUUAUUACCCAUAUCGACUACUUGGACCGAGCUCAGCUUCGUUUUUUGAGGGUGUUGGGCGUUCGAAUGGGCUAUGGCUACCUGACGACUCCAAUUGAAGAAUUGGAGCUGAGAUUCAACCUGCAUCCUCUUCACACUAGACGUCAAUUGCAAGAUCUUCAGCUUCUUUACAAGUUGGUUAAUGGCAAGUUGGAUUGUCCUGACCUCCUUCGUCAAGUAAACUUCUACAUUCCUAGAGAAACUAGAUCAAAGGCAGUGUUUGGAAGAGUAUACCGGCCAACUAGUUAUGCUAGCAACUGUGGUUUGGCGAGGAUGCAGCGUACUGGGGGAUUGGUCUGCGCUGGGUUGGAUUUCUUCCGGGGCUCUUGGUUGUCCUUUAAGUGGAGGUGCUCCAGGGUGUUGACAUGA